AUGAACAUAACACAGGCCCCAAUAACAGCUCCACCGUCGAAACAGCAGCAUCAGCAAGAACCAGUGAAAACGGUGGAAAUUCCAGAGCCUGAAACGCUUGUCCAAUUGGAACAGCUUCUCAACCGGUACCGCGCUGUGUUCCAAGAUGCGGACUCAAAUCGAGUGGAGAUUGACGCGCUGGAACGUGUAUUCAGCUCCGUUUCUCAACAGCAAGACGAUUAUGUGGCCAAACUGAGGGAACUGCGGCAUGCUAUGGAGAAUGAGGCCUCUUCAUACAACGAUAAGGUCUUCCAGAAACAGUUGGUAGCGCUGCAACUACUAAGCAAAGAUCUGGACCUUCCUGAAGAGUUUUUUGAAGAGAAGCAUGAAACUGAAAAAGAACAACUGAAUUCAGGGUCCUCCAGUAACCUCUCAGAGCUCUUGCCCCUGAAACUGUCUCUCAACUUUGAUGAAAAUGCCAAAAAUUUUGGACUUGGCAACAAAUUCUUCAAUUUCGAAAUCACCAAAGGAAAGAGAAGUCUGGGGUCUCCCGAGAUAGAGAACACUAUCGUGUCGCGAAUCGCCCAAAGAAUCUCAGAGCUUGAAAGGAUGCCUGCAAAUUUGGGGACGUACGCACUUUCAGACAGUCUGCAAUUCACAGCAAAAGAUGAUGUGCCGUCCAGCGUGGAUAACUUUAAAUUAAAAGCGCUUGUGGAGUUGAAAGCUUUAAAGCUUUUGACUAAGCAAAAAUCACUAAGACAAAAACUAAUUGUCAAUGUCACAAGCCAGGCACAUAACAAUGUUCCUUCGCUCCGUGACUCUCCCUAUACCAUGGCUGCUCAGAGAUCGGUCCAAAUACGGAACAAAGUCAUCGUUCCUCAGACUGCAAGACUGGCAGAAGAACUAGAAAGGCAACAGCUUUUGGAAAAGCGUCGGAAGGAACGCAAUCUCCACAUGCACAAGGUGAACAGGAUUCUUGCGCAUGUUCAUGAGCAGCAAACAACCCAAUCGACGCAAAGAGAACGCAGCGUCCAAUUUGGAAAAUUAUGUGCCACUCUACAUAAUCAGACAGAGAAGGAUGAACAAAAGCGUGUGGAGAGAACGGCUAAACAGCGUUUGCAGGCUUUGAAGUCUAACGAUGAAGAAGCGUAUCUCAAACUGCUGGAUCAAACAAAAGAUACAAGAAUCACCCAUUUGCUCAGACAAACUAACACAUUUCUGGAUUCUUUGGCUCAAGCAGUCAAGGUGCAGCAAAAUGAGGCUAGAAUAAAGCGUGGUGAGGAGGUUGGCCCAAUGACAGAUGAAGAAAGAGAAAAGAUCGAUUAUUAUGAAGUUGCCCACACUGUUAAGGAGCAAGUGCUGAAACAGCCUUCCAUUCUGGUGGGAGGUAAUCUCAAAGAAUACCAAUUGAAGGGUUUGGAAUGGAUGGUGUCGCUUUACAACAAUCAUUUAAACGGUAUCCUUGCCGACGAAAUGGGUCUGGGUAAAACAAUUCAGUCGAUUUCGCUAAUUGCAUACCUUCGAGAAGCUAAAAAUGAACCUGGCCCAUUUUUGGUCAUCGUACCCCUUUCAACGAUUACGAAUUGGACGUUAGAGUUCGAGAAAUGGGCACCGGCCCUGGCAACAAUCGUUUAUAAGGGAACGCCCAAUCAACGGAAGGCGUUACAGCACCAAAUCAGGUACGGUAAUUUUGAAGUACUUCUGACGACUUACGAAUACAUCAUCAAAGAUCGCUCUCUUCUGUCGAAGCACGACUGGUCUCACAUGAUUAUUGACGAAGGACAUAGAAUGAAAAACGCACAGUCGAAGCUUUCAUUCACGCUGACAAGAUAUUACAGAACCAGGAAUAGGCUGAUUCUUACGGGUACCCCGCUGCAGAAUAAUUUACCUGAGCUUUGGGCUUUAUUGAACUUUGUUUUACCCAAGAUUUUCAAUUCUGCUAAAACUUUUGAUGAAUGGUUCAAUACGCCAUUCGCCAAUACGGGUGGUCAAGAGAAGCUGGAACUCACCGAAGAAGAGCUUCUUUUGAUCAUAAGAAGACUUCACAAAGUUUUAAGACCCUUUUUACUACGUCGUUUGAAGAAAGAGGUAGAGAAGGAUUUGCCGGAUAAAGUUGAGAAGGUCAUCAAGUGUAAGCUUUCUGGGCUACAACAGCAGCUGUAUGAACAAAUGCUAAAGCAUAAUGCUCUGUUUAUUGGAGCUGGUGCAGAGGGCGCCACCAAGGGAGGUAUCAAAGGUCUGAACAAUAAGAUCAUGCAGCUUCGGAAGAUCUGCAAUCACCCCUUUGUCUUCGAUGAGGUGGAAAACAUUAUCAAUCCCACAAGGAAUAACGGCCCUCUGCUCUAUCGUGUUGCUGGUAAAUUCGAGUUGCUAGAUCGUGUUCUGCCGAAGUUCAAAGCAUCUGGCCAUAGAGUUCUGAUGUUCUUCCAGAUGACCCAGGUCAUGGACAUCAUGGAAGAUUUUUUGCGAAUGAGGGACUUGAAAUAUCUGAGAUUGGAUGGUGCCACAAAAACUGAUGAACGUACAAGUAUGUUAAAGGAUUUCAACGCCAAGGAUUCUGAAUACUUCUGUUUCUUACUUUCAACUAGGGCUGGUGGUCUUGGUCUCAACUUACAAACGGCCGACACUGUCAUCAUAUUUGAUACCGAUUGGAAUCCUCAUCAAGAUCUGCAAGCUCAAGACAGAGCACAUAGAAUUGGUCAGAAAAAUGAAGUUCGUAUCUUGAGGCUAAUAACCACGGAUUCCGUGGAAGAGGUUAUUUUAGAACGAGCGAUGCAAAAACUAGACAUUGAUGGUAAAGUCAUUCAAGCUGGUAAGUUCGAUAACAAAUCGACGGCAGAGGAACAAGAAGCCUUUUUAAGAAGAUUGCUGGAGAGUGAGACGGUCAAAGAUGAUAGCGAGCAGGCUGAAUUAGACGAUGAGGAGCUAAACGAAAUUUUGGCUCGUAGCGAAGACGAGCGUGCACUCUUUGAUAAAAUGGAUCAAGAGCGGGAAGCCACCGAGCGAAAAUUGGCGAAAGCACAAGGACUAUCAUUUACGCCAUCCAGACUGAUUCAGCCGGCAGAGUUACCGGAGGUCUUCACAGAGGAUAUCAGUGAACAUCUCAAUGUUGAACCUGCGGCAGUAGGAAGGGUCAGAGAGCGUAAAAAGGUCUACUACGACGAUGGGCUCACAGAAGAACAAUGGCUGCAAGCUGUAGAUGAUGAUGACGAUUCAUUGGAGGCCGCUAUAACUAGAAAACGACAAACAAGGGAGCGCCGACAAACUAAUAAGCUGUGGAAAGAUGCAGACGCUGAUGAAAUAGGCAGCCUAGAACCAACACCUGGACCAGAUCUUGUUGAGACCGAUGAGAAACGCACUCGACACAAAAGAAAGGCGAACGAGAUUGAGCCGCCUUUGCAGCAGGCUAGUGUUGAUCAAGAUGGUGUUAAUGAGCCUGUCAAGACUGAAGAACCUGGCCUAAAAAAACAGAGACUAACUGUCAAACUUUCGUUAAAGAAAAAGAAGGGCCAAAACGCCGAUGCCCUACCGGAUGGGACUGCCGAGACCCAACCCAAUGGAGCUGAUGGGGAGAAAGAUACAAAGCCUGCCGUCGCUUCGCGGUCGAAAAACAAGGCGCCCAAGAUGCCCAAAAAGUCUAUUGCAUGCCAGUUUACACCCCAGGUUGAGCAGUUAAUCAAGGAAAUGCGGGAGCAGCUUGAUGAAAACGACGAGCAUUCUCGGGCGUCCAUUUUUGAGUCACUUCCCUCCAAAAAACUCUAUCCUGACUACUAUGCGCUUAUCAAGACCCCGCUUGCUCUGGAUACAAUAUCAAAAAAAUGCAAGAAGGGCCAAUACGAGUCCCUUGUUGACGUCCAUCAAGACUUGACAACGAUGUUUGACAACGCCCAGUUUUACAAUGAAGAAGGCUCGUGGGUCUACAACGACGCUGGAGAACUCCGAAGCUUUGUCAACGCUUGGUUCGAAACUAACAAAUAA